AUGCAGAAGUCGAAGGUCGAUGAACAACUUGGUAAGUUCUUGGCUAUGGUCAAGAACUAUGAGGUAGCAAUUCCUUUUACUAAACUUAAUUUUCAAGUGCCUGUUUAUACAAAGUUUUUGAAAGACAUGAUUAGUAAAAAGAAAGACUUUGGUGGGGUAGAUCGAGUCGCUCUAACUGAAGAGUGUGCAUCUGUGUCUGUCAUGCCUUUGUCUGUUUGUAAGAAACUGAAUAUAGGAGCACUUGAGUGCACUCAAAUUGCAUUGCAAAUGGUCGACCGUUCUAUAAAGUACACUGUAGGUGUUUUAGAAGACGUUCCUGUUAGGGUAGGAAAGUUUUAUAUUCCUGUUGAUUUUGUUGUGCUUGAUAUGGAGGAGGAUGCCAAAUUUCCUAUUAUUCUUGGUAGGCCGUUUUUGUGUACAGCUGGUGUUCUUAUAGAUGUCAAAUCUCGGAUGGAUAUUCUUGAGGAGAUUAGUUUAUCUGCACUCCCGCAGAUGCUUUGUGCUGACCCUCUAGAGGUUGCACUUACUAUGGAUGUUUCCCGAGGCAUCGAUGCCGAAGUCGUUGCCUCCAUUAUCGAUUAG